AUGGACAAACUCUCACCAGGAGGAAAUGCACAAAGAGAUGGCAACUGGGGUUGGAACAUGACUUCAGAUCAUUGCAACUGGGCUGGAGUGAGUUGUUAUCCGCACAGUAAUUCUGUGUGGCAAAUAGGUAUUAAAAAAUCCAGUCUCAGUGGAGUUUUUUAUGCCAGUUCUGUUUGCAUGGCGAAGGAUCUGCUUAUUCUCAGCCUGAAAGACAACACAAUACAUGGAACAAUAGGAGAAGAGAUGGGAAAAUGUAAGCAGCUGACUCACUUGUACUUAAGUGGGAUCAACUUCUCUGGUAGCCUUCCUGAUUCUCUCUCACAUUUGGGUAACUUGAAGAGGCUGGAGAUAUCUGACAAUAACUUCUCUGGUGAGCUUCCUGAUCUGCCUCGGAUUUCAGGGCUCAGAAACUUUCUAGCUCAGAAUAAUAAUCUGCGUGGAGGAAUACCCAACUUUGAUUUCUCCAACUUUGAUCAAUUCAACGUCUCCAACAAUAAUUUCAGCGGUCCAAUUCCUGAUGUCCAUGGCCUUUUCACUGCAGACAGCUUUUUGGGUAAUCCUGGGUUAUGUGGAAAACCACUAUCAACUGCCUGUCCCUCUGCUUCUCCACCACCUACAGUGAAACAAAAAAGCAUCGUCAACUAA